CGACUGCACGAAUCCGAACGCGUCCUUGUUUACAUUCCUUGAAGUGAUGGUGGCUCUGGCGGCGCGUGAUCAGCCGCUGCCCAUUUUGCUGACCUGCAAGUACCUCCUGAGUCUCGUCCUCGGUCUGGGACUCCUGCUGACCUUGGUGCAGUCCGAGUUCGAGCUGCAGGCGUGUCUGAGGGCGCUGAGGAUCUACAGCUUGGUCGUGGUGGUGCUGCAAGUGGCGCUGCAGUUCGUGGUUCCGGAGGCCUCGGCGUUGCACCCGGGAGGAGGAGGCAGCGGCGAAGGACACAUUACUGCGGGAUUCGGCAAGGGGAAGGCCAGGAAUAAGGCCGGGAAGCUUGUUGAUUUCUUCUUGGUGGUGAUUCUCAGCAUCUUCAGUGUAUGCCUCACACACAUUGUAACUGUGCUGUACGGAGCAUAUUUGAUUGAGAAUAUUGAGGAGACGUUCACAUUCAGCAUACUAGUUGCAUCUCUAGCAUUUGUCAGACCCCUUGUAACCCUUGGCCCUGGUGCUCUUGGUGUUAUUAUUGAAAGAGCAAGUUUUGAGGAAGAACCUGUACUCCAGAGUCUCACCGCAGUCGUGGGAGCUUGGUUUGGUGCUUUGCCUAUUCCGCUGGACUGGGACACACCUUGGCAGGUUUGGCCUUUGACUUGCUGCAUUGGGGCAGUAAUUGGUGAAGUUGGAGCCUCGGCUUACUUGCUGUCUAAGAUAUACAAGGUGGUGGACUCAAGAAAGAAAAAUAAGUCUACUUAAUAAUUUUUUUCAGUCGGUUAUUAUCAGUUACUAGUAAUUACAGUAAUAUCAUAGGCAUUGCUUACACUUGAACUUAUUGUUUUUUAAAAACUUCUUAUUUACCAAUUCAUCACAGAUUGUUAGUAUGCUGUAAAAUCUUUUUGAUUCUUCUGUAAACCAUUUCCCAUGAACAGUGUGAGCAAGGAUUGCCAAGAGCUAAAGUCACUGUAUGACAACUGUUUCAAUCAGUGGUACAGUGAAAAGUUCCUGCGAGGAGUUCUGGACGACUCCACGUGUGAGCCAGUGUUCAAGCAGUACCAAAGCUGUGUCCAAGAAGCACUGAAGAAACUGAAAAUUGAGAUUCCCAAAAUCGAGGAAAUUCCUUCGGAAGAAAAGCCGAAGGAAUAGACACUUUAGGUUUGCUCUUUUUCAUUGGCAACAGAGGUUAACAAAGUAAUAUUGGUAAAAUGUUAAGUCCAAUUCGCAAAGCCUUUUCUAACUGGUAUCGACGUUAUGAACUGAACACAGCCUUGUACAUGCU